AUGACUCUGGUCGACUCAUGCUCCUAUUCAAGAUGUACUGAUAUUUUCAAAUCAGACCUAUUUAUAGAAAAAUUGUUUGACCUUGUCUUCGCAACUGGAUCGUGUUGUCAGGGCAACCUAGAGGAACCCACCUCGUCCGGAGUCAAUGGUAUCCAUGAUAAUAUCCAGCAUCGCACCGUGGACUGGACUUUUCCAGGAAUGAGACCCAGCUCUGAUGAUGUCCAUCAUUUGAUGAACAAAAGCUCAGCCAGUUUUCACCCAAAACGAGGGACGAGGUCUCGUGGACUGCGUCAACGUGAACGUCGUAUAAAAGCCAAACGGCUGAAGUACGACGGGAUUCAUCAGUCCUCUUCUGGUCAGAUCGACCAACGAAUCUCUUCUUCAUGCACUUUCAUACGAAAUGAUAGUCGCCCAACAAUACUGGCAAGGAUGAGUGACGAUGCCAGCGAAACGUUUGGAAAUGUAUCAAGUCCCCGGUCCGACUCUGUAAACUGUCAUGGACUCUGGGCAAACUGUAUUCCUCCAGGUCUCCUUGACAACACGAUUAAGUUGUGA